AUUCUAACCAUCUCUCUGCGUAUUUCGCUCAAGACAUAGCAAGACGUGAAGCUGGCUUAACUGGAUGAUACGCUCAGAUGCGAAUGGCAUAACUCACUGACGACGCUCCAUAGCUCUUAUCAGCCAUGGCUGCUUUGGAAGAUGCUCCGUAUGCUCGAAUUCAAGUCCAUGAAUUUGUCGGAGAGAACAAUAGUUCAGAAACUACGGCUACAGCCUCUCCAAGCCGACUUCAAGAAUUGGAAGUCUUGAGGAAAGGCCGUCACUAUGCUCAAAUGGCGUGUGCCAGUCCUGGUUGGCGUACCGUGUCCUCAUCGAAGUUCCAAUCGUAUUCCUUCACCAGUACAGGGGAGGGUGUCUUUGCCUAUCUUCCACUGCCUCCCGCUGUGGCCCCUUUCAACGAUGAGGAACAUAUGCAUCCAGGCCAUAUCUUGCCUUGGGGCACACCAAUAGAGACCGUUGGCUCUGCGGGAAUAUUCGUAUCGGAAGGUCUUGAACCGUUCCUCACCACGAAACUCGAUACCGAAAGAAGACAGUCUCGCGUUUCGUCGAAAAACUUGAAGGCCCGAUCUCGAGAAUCGUCUUCGUCACCUCAACCAGUCAGGAAACGCCCAAAGGCAGUCAUAUCGCCUCUGUUCACCUUGAUUUCUUACCCUCAUUAUGUUCCCUUCCCCAUGGUCACGCCUCCGGCACCCCCGACUCCACCUCCGCACGCCAGAGCCUUUGUCUCAAUACGCCCACACACGACCGCUUCCAUCGAGGAAACUCUCUCCGACGAAUUCGUUCGCCUGUCCUGGAUAAUUCCUAUCAGGGGUUCUAUCCAACCACACGAUCUCACCCCUGCAUCACUGCUGGAAGAAGGCCUUCCAGCCGACGGGACCUCAGCAGAGAUAGGAUGGACACGACCCUCGGUUGCUAACUUCUGGUCCUUUUUGAAGGAGACCAUUCAACAAGGCGCUUACGGAGAAGUCUCCCUGUCAUUCCAGCCCGUAGCGACAUUGCAACCUCCGAGUCGCCCAGUCCUUUCCACCACAUCCGAAUCUCCAUCGAAUCCUGUUUCAAAUUCGACGACGUCAACCUCGACCGCGACUCUGUCUUCAACGGUCGCAUCACCCGAUCCUUUCCAUAUGUCGUUGCGCAUCACGGAUCAUAUCAAGAUCUAUUGUGAUGCGCUCUGGGUAAUGGCUAUAAGACGAGCGAUCGAGGAAUGGAAAUUUGCGUGGUCUGAAGUUCAGGGGGAAGAGAGGGACAUCCAGGUUCUUAGGGAUGUGAAGCUUGUGCUGGUCGAUGGGAGGAACUCGCCAGUGUUGGUUUCGUAGGGUAUGGUUGGGGUUCUACCUACCGCGACGCGUGACGUCGUGGAAGGAGCGAAAUGGCCUCUAAUACGACCGUCGAAUAAUCACCUGUGAGAUUGAGGUUCUUCUCCGCCCAUCUUUGAUCGCUCUGAGGGCUUUUCCAAUUCGCAAAUGAUACGCGAUUUGCUGUACGAUCUCAGCUCAACCUCGCGCCAGCCCCGACUUGGAAGUGCAAAAGAUCAUGGUCGAUUUCAUCCACUCUUGAGUGGAGUGAGGUGAUUUUUGUAUACGAAGCUUUGAAGUCUCCGCGUCUCGCCAAACUACUUAUGUUAUCUGUGCUUUUGCCCCGUCAGUUCCUUCCUUCCUGGACGGCGGAAGUUUUUUUUUCCGGCUUCGAGCGAGGGUGUAUAUAAUCGCUUUUAUAAGCUUUGAACCCCUAGGCUCCUUACUGUAACCUGGCGUAACCUGCUGUGAUGAUGC